GAACCAGUGAACUCAACGAGCGCCAGAGCGAAACCCUAAAUUAAUAACUCUCAUCUGUAAAAUUUCCCUAAAUUAGAACGAAAACAAUAAAUCCAACCGAAUUUAAUUUCCUCCCUCCUAGUGAAUCCGGUUUCCGGCAUUUGUUAUUGCCGUCGUGUUCUUUCUCUUAUUUUUGGAUGCAUUUGGUUUGCGUUCUUUUUUGUUUUCAGGAAAUUGGAAACGUAGAAAACCUGUACUUGGUUGAAGCAGAGUUCUAGAGCAGUAUCUAUUUAGCGUCUUUUUCUUGAUGUGUUUUUGCUUUUCUGCUUUGCUCUAAUGGUGGGUUUUGUGUGUUGAAAUUAGGGUGUCAAAUUUUUACAUCUUUACAGUUAAGGAAGUUUCGGUCUGUUUCGAGGCAAAUUUCCGGGUUUGAAGGAUAGCAGUUGGAAAGGAUGUCCUCUCCAUAUCCAAUACUUGGCAAUCGACCGAUUGAUCAAUGGAAGGUUACAGAGUUGAAAGAAGAGCUUAAGAAGCGAAAAUUGACAACCUCAGGGUUGAAACUAGAUUUGAUAAAACGAUUGGAUGAAGCCCUUCGCAUUGAAAGGGAAACUGCUGAAAAGGAUGUGGAUAACAGUCUUAAUCAUGACCCCAAACCCAUAGUUGAGGCUGAAUGUGGCCAAACAACUGAGACAGUUGAAAGUGCUGUGGAUCAUGGUGGUAACAAGAUUGAGAUAGAUAGUAAGGCUAAGGUUCAAGUUGGAAUUAACAAUAGUGCUGCUCCUGCCUUUGGGCAGGUGGACAGUCAAGGGGACAAAUCAGGUGGUAGCAAUACUGCUGUGGUUGAACAAGAGCCAGUUAUGCACCCAACUAUUCUGGAUACUAAUAUUAAAGUCACUGAGACUGUGGUUGUUGAGACCGUAGUUUCUGAUGUAGCAUUGAGCACACAGGAUACACAGAACCCUGGAAGCCAGGAAGAUCAUAAGAGUUCAAAGUCCCAGCUAGAGAAUUUGCAUCUAAGGCUCCAGCUGGCAGACGAGGAUCCAAAGCUACAGCUGGCAGACAAGGAUCCAAAGACGCAGGUGGAGAGUGAGGAUUCAAAGCCCGAGCUGGAGGAUGAGGGUUUGGAGCCUUCACACAGUGAUGUUGUGUGUGAUUCUGCUCUGAACAACCAGGUACCUGAGGUCAGCCCUAGUUUAGGGUUCCAAGUAAAAUCUGAUUCUAUUUCUGCUGAUUCUGUGUCAAUUAAUGAAAAUAUUGAACUAAAGGAUAAUAUAAUUGCCGAUAAUGUCAAAUUAGAGCUAGAUAUUUUUAAGCCAGAUAUGGUGGACCCAUCAUCCAGAAGUGUUGUCCCAGUUAGUGGUGAAGCACAUCCCAUGGAUUUGGAAGAGCCACUUGAGAAGGAAGCAUCUGUUGAAGAGAGAGAUGACAAGAAUACUACAAAUUCAGACCUGAUCAAGAAAAAUGAUUGUGAGGAUUUGGAUUAUUCGGAAAAGUUAAAUUUAGACAGAAGUUCUGGUGAUGAGUCUAUGGAGGAAGAUGUUCUUGAGUUGAAGCAAAUUGAUUCCAAGUCUAAUACUGAAGAAGUGGGAGAUAUGAUUGAUAAAAAUCUGCGAGAAGAAGUUCAUGUAGAUGUUGUGGGUGAUGAUUUGUCUGCUGAGAAAAUGGACAUCCUUAUUGAGAAUAAGAGUCACCCUGUUGAAAAAAAAAGGCUUCAAGAUCAAGAAGCUGUUGGAAACAAUGAACCUUCUAAAAGACGCAGAUGGAACUCUGAAAAAAUAAGAGUUCCAGAGCAGCCAAGCCCAAACCAUACACCAACUACCACACAUAAACUUGCAUUUCAGCCUGCUGCUUUAAAACGCAACUUCUCUAGAUCUGAUUCCACAGCUAGCAAUGAUGCUUCUAAAGAACAAGCUGUUCCACCAUCUCAGAAACCUCCAACGACUUCUUUGAGGAUUGAUCGCUUUUUGCGUCCGUUUACCUUGAAAGCUGUGCAAGAGCUUUUAGGUAAAACUGGGAACGUCACCAGUUUCUGGAUGGAUCAGAUCAAGACCCAUUGCUAUGUUACUUAUUCCUCAGUGGAAGAAGCCAUAGAGACACGUAAUGCCAUUUAUAACCUACAAUGGCCACCCAAUGGCGGACAACUUUUAGUUGCUGAGUUUGUUGAUCCUCAGGAAGUAAAAAUGCGUUUGGAGGCUCUGCCUCAGACUCCAAGUACACCUGGCGCUUCUAAAACUGCUGUUCCUCCAUCUCAAUCUACUAAGCAGCCUGAGCCCUUGCCUCGUCAGCAGGUUUCUAGGCAGCAGCUUCCACCCCCUUCUGCUCUUCCACCUCCACCACCCUUGUCUAGCCCAUCAUCAGUAAGAGAACGACUUUCUUUUCCGCCGCCGCCUCCGGAGAAAAUAGAUCCUCCUAUUGUAACUUUGGAUGACCUGUUUCAGAAAACCAAAGCAACUCCUCGGAUCUACUACUUGCCUCUAUCAGAAGAACAGGUUGCAGCAAAACUUGCAGCACGUGGAAAUAACACCAGGCAGUAGGGAUCAGACUAUACUUUAUCCCUGGCUGCUCUUUGGUUUUUUCUUCUGGGUUGAUCAGUAUGUUAGAUAAUAGAAAGUGUCACAUAAUUGCGUCUUUGCAGGUCUGCAGGUGUUGCUUAUUGGAAGGAGCUUUUGCAGCCAAGCAGUGGGAUCUGGUCUGUUCAACAACUUGGGUUUUCCAGAGUGCCCUUGGUUGAGUUCUAAGCUUCAUUUAGUUUUAGAACAUCGCAUACUCUAACUCUCAUAGAGAUUGUAUGGAUUCACAUAUAGCUGUAUUCUGUUUUGCCAUUGAACCAGAGGUCUUCGUUAAAAAACUUACAUGAACUCGAUUUCAUAAUUUGAUUAAGAGAUGGUAUUCCUGCUACUACUGCUUUUGGUGGAUGUUAUCCCCGCGCUGUCCCUGUUUGG